AUGAGCAUCAAAGUGCUCUACGUGGAGACAUCUGCUGUACAAUGCGAAGAGGGAACCAUAGACGUGAUCAUUGCGGCUCUCGAGGUGGAUGUGACUGUGGACCGCAAACGAGACGUGCAAAUGGAAUCGUUAGCACACUUUCAUUAG